AUGAAUAAUAACAUUAUAGAUAAUGAUGAAGAUAUACAUCAAAUAUUACCAAGAUUCUAUUUGGGAUCUGUUGAUAUGUUGUUGGGAAAGAAGAACCUAUUAAAGCAGUUAAAGGUAACCCAUAUACUAUCAGCUAUCAAUGAUUUUAGACCAAAAUAUGAUGUUAUCAAUGACUUUAAAUUUAAAAUAAUUGAUAUUAUGGAUAUGGAGAAUGCAAAUAUUAAACAACACUUUGAAGAUACAUUUGAGUUUAUUGAACAAGGAAGAAAUGAAGAGACUGAUUCAACUGUAUUUGUUCAUUGUUUUGCUGGUGUAUCUAGAUCUGCUACCAUAUCAAUUGCCUAUCUAAUGAGAAAACAAUCAAUCGGUUUUGAAGAAGCCUAUGCAUUUGUACUCAAUCAGAGACGUGUCAUUUAUCCAAACAAUGGGUUCAUCAAACAACUAUUGGAAUAUGAAUUACAACUUUCAAGGCAACAAUCAAAUAGAUUGAAAAAGAAACAACAUCCAAGAUUAAUGAAUACAACUAUAACUACUACAUCUACAACGACACCUACAACAUUAACUGGAAACCAAAAAAGAAUUGAAAAGGAUAAAUAUUAUGAACAACAACUUGAAACCAAACUAAAAGAAGAUCAAUUAUUGUUGGAAGAUAGCAAAGAGGAAGAACCUCUGAGAGAUACAAAAUAUUGUUGUAAGAAAUGUUCAACUCUUAUAUUCUUUGAUAUGGAUUUGGAUUAUCAUAUAGUUGGUCAAGGUUAUAAUUCUAACAACAAACCAACUAAAAGAAAUCAAUCAAAUCAAAAUAAUAGAAAGAUACAAUAUCAUCAAUCAUCAGAACAACAACAAUCUACUACAACAUCAUGUACAUCAUAUUUUAUUAAAGAAGUAUCAAUUCCAUCAAUCAAUAUAACCAUUUUAACAGAUGAUGGUGACCAAAUUUCAAAUGGAAAGGUUGUUUGCAAAGUUUGUAAAGAGAAACUUGGAUCAUGGAAUAUAACUGGAAGUGCUUGUAGUUGUGGAACUUGGAUACAAGCACCAACACAACAACCCUGUAUUCAAAUAAUUAAAUCAAGAGUAGAUGAAAAGUAA